CACCCUGUAUGAAACGCCCAGCAUAAAUCGAUAAUUCCGCGCAAAUCCCUGCAUCACCUCCCCAUUUCGUAAAAUUUUCCAUGAUUUUUAAAGAUUUUCACCAAUUUUAACACGUUUUUUGGAAACAUUUUAGCAAACUGGAGGGAAAAUUAUUCUCCGCCGUUAAUAAUUUUUUUAGUUCUUCGCCGAUCAUGAAUCAAAUCAAAGAUUUAAUGACUCGCCAAACCAACCAAGUCGAAGCGGUACAAAGCGGUUCGUAUCAAAAAAACAACGAUUUAGAAUGUUUUCGGAGAGAAAACAACAUAGAAAAGGACCAAUUUUUAUCAAUCGGGGCUCGCCAAAACAAACCAAGACACUCGAUCGUCUCAAAAAGCCAAAUGAAAGAAUUCCGCGAAGCUUUUCGCCUCUUUGAUAAAGACGGAGAUGGGAGCAUCACCAAAGAGGAGUUAGGGCGUGUUAUGCGAUCUUUGGGGCAAUUCGCACGCACCGAGGAGCUUCAACAAAUGCUUCAAGAAGUCGAUAUUGACGGCGAUGGGAACGUGAGUUUCGAAGAAUUCGUCGAUAUCGCAUGGUCGGCCGGGGCUGGAUCCGAUCCCGAUCAUUGCCAAUCCCGCGAAGAGGAAGAAAAGGAGCUUCGAGAUGCGUUCCGAGUCUUCGAUAAACAUAAUCGGGGUUAUAUCACAGCGAGUGAUCUUCGUGCUGUUUUGCAAUGCUUGGGGGAGGAUUUAAACGAAGAAGAAAUCGAAGAUAUGAUUAAAGAAGUCGAUGUAGACGGCGAUGGGAGGAUCGAUUUUUAUGAGUUUGUAAACGCUUUGGGCGAACCCGGAAAUGAUGAUAGCUUAGACGAUGAAGACGAGGAAGUUUUAGGGUUUUAAAACGAGGUUAAAUGAGGAGAAAUGAACCCAAAAUUGAAGCUUAUUAUUAUUACGAAUUAAUUAAUUAAUUAACAAAUUUUAUUAUUGAUGUGAAAAAAAAACUAUUUUAAAGAAUUAUUAAUAAUUAUCAAUGUUAGAGCUUAACACGUAUUAAAAAGUGUAUAAAAAGUGAAA